GUCUCCAAUGCAAGACAAGAACGAUUCUUCAAUCACUGGCAAAGACAACACCAAUUGUAUUCGUAACUAUCGACCAUCAUCCUUCAACAAUUAAAACUAUAAAAGACCAUGAGUAGUCAUCAUCCCUUAUCCACCUUGAGUUUCAUAUGAACUCAUAACAACCGCUCCAAAAUCCUUGCAGUAUCUUAGUUGUAGAGUGGUAUCCUCCAUUUUCUUUCUAAGAAAAAAAGAAAAGAACCAAAAAAGACUAAACCAACAAAAAAAAAAACACAAAAAAAAGAGGGAGUCUGAGGAACAAGGGGAGCUCACUGGCGCCGUCACCAUUGCCAGAGUUGCUGUCUUCUUGCUGGAACCACCACCACCGGCAAAUCAUCAUCAAGAAAGCAAUAGAAAACAAAACAGCAAAGAAAAGGGACCAAAAAAAAUAGAAGAAUGAAAUUUCUGGGUUGGUACGUGAAGAUAUCACUUCUUUCCGCCAUGGUUGGAGGUUCAAUGGAAUUGUUCAUGAUCAAAACUGGCUUCUAUGAUAAAGUAACUGUUUUGGAGUCAGAGAAGAGAGUUUGGGAGAAUAGUCCUGAAGCUCAAGCUAGGAGAGAAGCUUUGAAUCCUUGGAGGCAUGUUGAUGCAGGAACUAGGAAAAGUUCCUAGGCCCUAGCUACGUUUUGGAGUUGUGCAGGCACUCAGAAUUUUGUUUUGAAGAUCAUCAUAAAGGCUACUUCAGCCGAUAGGAUUGAAAUUUUCGCGGAGGGUUUCAUGAACUUUGCUGAGUAUUCUCUGGUUUGCAUAUUGGAAGCACACUUCCAGAUUAUGAUAAUUUUUAGUUGUAGUUGGACUCGGUUGUCGAAUCUUAAUUUACUUUCAUACCUUUGAUCAUUGUUAAAUGACUGUGUAGCCUGAACUACCAUACCUCAUUGGGGGAUGGUGAAAAUUUUGCUUUUUCUUAUUUACGACUUGUCAGAUUAUUGAAGUAAAGGAGACAUAGAAGGGUACCAUACUCCAUUAGGCUUGUCAAA